AUGAAGUGGACGCCCUUGGUCGAGGGAGGCAUGUACCUGAACCUCUACCCGUCCGACUUUGGCGACGACACGACGGGCUUGCGAUGCCGCAGGCCCAAGGCGGCCUCGCGUAACGACAAGCGCGCUCCCAUUCGAAUCCCAUUUACCACCAUCCUCGACCAUCUCGUCAUGUCGGUUCGAGUGGCCAUCAUCGACAGAGACCGAGAGCACCUCGAAACGACCGUCCGCAAGCGAUGCCUGCACAAGCGGCCUUUGCUCAAGCACACCGGCUCCAACGAAGAGUUCUGCUGA